CAAUGCGUACAGAAUCAGUCUUUCCAAUGUAGAGUGGGAGAGAGCCACUGCAGUCACUAGUUACUUGAAAUAUUUUGCUGAUGUUACAAAUGUUCUCACAAGGAGCAAGUAUCCAACGGCAAACAUUACUUCCCUGAGCUUUGUGAUGUAAAGUUGCAGUUGAUGGAAUGGUGCAAAACCUCAGAUGAAUGUAUUAAUGGUUUGACGUUAAAGAUGAGAAGCAAGUUUGAUGAAUAUUGGGAGAAAUGCAGUUUAGGCUUGGCAGUUGCAGCAAUGUUAGAUCCUCGAUUCAAGAUGAAAUUGGUAGAGUAUUACUACCCACAAAUCUAUGGUAGCACUUCUGCUGGUCGCAUUGAUGAGGUCUUUGAUGGUGUGAAGGCCCUGUAUAAUGAGCUCUCAAUCUGCUCCCCAUUAGCUUCUUCUCAUGAUCAGGGAUUAGCCUGGCAGGUUGGGAAUGGGACGCUUUGUUUACCUGGUAAGGAUUCGAGGGAUAGAUUGAUGGGGUUUGACAAAUUCCUCCAUGAAACUUCUCAGGGUGAAGAUGUGAAAUCGGAUUUAGAAAAAUACUUAGAAGAACCUCUCUUUCCACGAAAUGUUGAUUUCAGCAUAUUAAACUGGUGGAAAGUACACACUCCGAGGUAUCCUGUCUUGUCCAUGAUGGCAAGAAACGUAUUAGGGGUUCCAAUGUCAAAGGUUUCACCAGAGUUGGCCUAUAGUAAUAAUGGAAGAGAACUUGAUCGUGAUUGGAGUUCACUUAACCCUGCCACUGUUCAAGCCUUGGUGUGUUCACAAGAUUGGAUACAGGGUGAACUGGAAAGUUAAAGAACUGCUUUUCUCCUGCCUUUUGACUUGCAUAUGUUGAUUCUUCUCUUAAGAAAUUCCUUUAAAUAUUAACUGAACCACACUGCUGGAUUGCUUGCUUGAAGAUCUCAGCAUCCUUGGUCAUCCACGAUCCACUUAGCCUUGGAGCAUCACUCUGGUCAUUGGUGUGCCUAUGCCCUUGGAACUCCCUGGGGUUUUUGAGCUUCAUAGAUGUUUGAAGAUCAGAAAAAAGACCUCCUUCCAUAUGGAUUCAAAAUUUGAGCAUGGAUCUCCAUCUGGUGACAACUGCAAUUACUUUUCCUUGUUGAGACCCCCCAUAACAAAAUCAGGAUUUUGUCUCCCCUGCAUAUCUAUAUAAUAGAUGCACUGCAUCCCCUUUGCUUCACGAGCCUACGAAGACAUUGUCGUGAACAUCCGGUCUCGGCCAAGAAAAUGGUGUUUGGUUAGGUGGCCUUUAGUCAGCUGCUCAAGUCAUAAAAUUAUCGAGGGGCAGCUUAGGCCCAAAGCCUUGGUAUUUUUCACGAGAAAAUGAUUCCCCUUAACC